CUUUCACCCCGCUCAGCUGAUCGGUUGCCGCCGCCGCCGCCGCCAGAUUCCAGAAGCAAAGAACAAGAAGCUGGGAAGCGAGACAUGGACGUGAAUAUCGCUCCGCUCCGCGCCUGGGACGAUUUCUUCCCAGGCUCUGACCGCUUCGCCCGGCCGGACUUCAGGGACAUUUCCAAAUGGAACAACCGCGUGGUGAGCAACCUGCUCUAUUAUCAGACCAACUACCUGGUGGUGGCUGCCAUGAUGAUUUCCGUCGUGGGGUUCCUGAGCCCCUUCAACAUGAUUCUUGGAGGCAUCGUGGUGGUGCUGGUGUUCACGGGCUUUGUGUGGGCAGCCCACAAUAAAGACAUCCUCCGCCGGAUGAAGAAGCAGUACCCCACAACGUUUGUCAUGGUGGUCAUGCUAGCCAGCUACUUCCUCAUAUCCAUGUUUGGGGGAGUCAUGGUGUUUGUGUUUGGCAUCACUUUUCCUUUGCUGUUGAUGUUUAUCCACGCAUCGCUGAGACUCCGGAACCUCAAGAACAAACUGGAGAAUAAAAUGGAGGGGAUCGGUCUGAAGAGGACGCCCAUGGGCAUUGUCCUGGAUGCCCUAGAACAGCAGGAAGAGAGCAUCAGCAAGUUCACUGACUAUAUCAGUAAAGUGAAGGAGUAAAUAGAGCUGACCUGCUGAUAGGGUUGCAGCAGAAAUCGGGUUGCAGUUUGUCCUUGUCCAGACCUACUUUCCGUUUGUGUUUUUGAAAUACGAGGUGCACAAACCAUCCAGCUAUCCAUGGCAGCACGCACGGAGAGGCCACCCUGUUCUCCUCUCUGCUGUUACUGAGAAAAGGCCUCAAACUGAAAGAAACCACCCUCCUAUUAUGUCUGAAGUUUCAAGUGUGUUUAUGAAAGCUGAUAGGAAAUGGGUCGCACUUAUUUCUUAAGGGGAAUAAAAGAAAAGAAUUACGGAUUGUACUGCAACAGUAUGGUUAUCUUGUAGGAAAAAAGUAAUUGUAAAGGAUCAAGGCAAUAUGAGUAAAUGAAAAGACUACUGAAGGAGAGGAUGUCAUGCAUUAGCCUGUUUUAAUCCCCCUCAGCAUCCUUCAAAAAUAUUCCUUCCUUAGGAUUAUAAUAUGUGGGGUAUAAGUAGUUUUUAUUUUUCUUUAAAAUCAAAGGUGAUCUCGAUCACUUUGCCUCCUGUUUGAUGUGCAGUGGAUAAACCAGUUGUUUCUAUUUUGUUUAUAAAUAUAAAGCUAGCUAUUUAGGAGAAUAUUUUGUCAACCUUUUGUAAAUUUUUGAAGUGCUAGUAAUAUGUUCUCACUAGAAGGCAUUUGUUGCAAACUAAAUAUCCUCUUCUUUAAGGAGGUUACAGCUCUGUAACCUGUAUUAUUCUUGACGGUCUUGUUAAAAAACAAACAAAAAAAUCAGAAUAAAACUUGAGUUUCUAUUGCA